CCACACCUCGCAGCGGAUGCGGACGUACUUCUUUGGGCGCGUGGUUCCGAAUGCUCUUGCGCUUUAUCGAAAUAUCUUCGCCGUCUUGGCUUCAACCAGCGGAGGCGGUUCUCGUGACCACAGUACUCCUACUAACGGAGGUCGAGCUGGUCCACCCCGUGGCAGUUUUCCAGCACAAAAACCAAGCCAUGACGGUUUGCGAGAUAGGACCCUUCUCUUCGGUUCACGCGGUCAAUCUAGAAUCCG